CUACGUCUCCUCGGUUCUGCCCCACCUUUAUCAAUAGCACCAUUAACUUUUAUUACAAUUCACAGUCAAUAGUCAGUACCUCUACGCUUUUACAUAACCAUAAUAAUAUCGCCAUUCGCAGAACGAGUGAGUAUUAUAGUAUUGCACUAUUUCACGCCAUCACGCUAAUUACUAUUAUCUACAGAUUUCUUCAAUCAAGUCAUAAAGUCGUUUUCGAUUUGUGAAAUUUGUUUUAUUUUUGUGUAAAUCAAACGACGAAAUGGCCAGACGUGGACGUUCUCCGUCGCCUGCACCCAGAAGAUCUGCAGUCCCAGCUAGAACACAGCAACAUGCACCAGCACCACAACAUCAACCAACACAAGUAGCGCCAGCUCAGCCACAACAACCGGGAUUAUUUGCCCAAAUGGCUGCCACUGCUGGAGGUGUUGCUGUUGGUUCUGCCAUUGGCCACACGGUUGGUCAUGCAGUCACUGGAAUGUUCGGUGGUGGUGGUUCCCGGGAUGAGGUCCAACCUCAAGUUCAACAAGCCCCAGUAAUGCCAAUGGAGCAGAGUAGCCAACAAGGUGGUGCUUGUGCUUUUGAAGUCAAGCAGUUUUUGCAAUGUGCACAAAACAAUGAUGAUAUUUCUUUAUGUUCUGGAUUUAAUGAGGCUAUUCGCCAAUGCAAGGAAGCUAACCGUUUAAUGUAAUUACGAUAAUUAUUUAAUGAAAAUUGUGGAAGUAGUUACAACAUUAUUAUAAACAAUGUAUUUUUAAUGUCAAAAUAUAGAAAUGUUACUAUGCAA